UCCAUAUCAAUGCCAUUUUUUAGCAAAUUCUUGUCAAAUUUUAAAUUUGCUUUAGAACAAAGUAUUUUCUAAUUUGUUCUUGAAUUAUUUAGAGCUUUUAUUAUGUAUUUGGAGGCUUAUGAAAAUUGGCAUUAGACUCUUUGGAUUCAAAUCCCAUGGUGUCGAUAUUGAACCGAAAAGAAACCCAUCAAUAGGCCAGAAGGAAGUUUUGGAAUGUCUACGCUUGGCCUCAGUCAAUUUUCCUCCAGUAAUGAAAUGAUUCUCGAGCAACAAAGCGUCAGAUGUUGUCCGAGGAUUAAGAAGGAGUACCUUGUGAAAAACCUGGCAAUGGAAAACAUCUUUUCUCUGGUAGGAAACGAUCGAUGGUAUUCUCUCUUUUUGUGUUGCCAAAAGACCGAAAUACGAUUAUUAGAUGGAGAGAAUGAAAUAGUUCGGUUUGUCAAUAAAACGGAGUGUUGCAGAAAAACCAUUGGCGUCUAUCUUCCUCCAAACAACUUCAUCGGCAAAGUUAAGGAGAAGCUGAAUCCCUUCCGGACCAAACUGGUUGUAAAAAACCGAAAUGGAGUCGUUUUUCUAAGAAUUCGUGGACCAGUGCAUAUAGCGAAUAUAAUUUCACCGAUAAGUGAGUAUGAGAUUUUUUCAGAAAAAGGUGAAAAAGUAGGAAGCAUUACAAGGCACUGGACAGGGUUCGUACGGGAAAGACUUCUUCAUCUUCACGCCUAUAGCAUUAGUUUUCCGUACGAAGCAGACAUCGAAACAAAAUCUAUUUUGCUAGCUGCAGCCUUGCUGAUUGACUUGCUCCUUUCAAAAUGAUUACGUGAUUAAACUGGAAAAUCUUAAAACACUUUUACUUUUAAAUGUCUGCGUUGUCAAUUUUUGAUAGGAUCAGGAUACUUAUUUUGUUAUCUUUUGAAAUAAAAGUAAAUAUUUUGCAAAAUAA